UGCUUUUCUUCUUUCUUACUUAAAAAGUCGCUAUCUAGUCAAAUCGGAGAAGACGGUGUUUCAUUGAAUUCGAAUUUGUUUGUCGAUUCGAUUUUACCGUCGCCGGUAAUGGCUCCGGAGUCGAAAAAUGCGGGAGUCUCUGUUGUCGUUAAUCUCGACAGUGACAGUGACAGUGACAAUGACGACGGAGUAGGAGGAAGAGGAGCUUUUCGAAGCAUGGCGUCCCUAAUGGACAAACAUCAAGUUCCAAGUACGACUGCUGACGCGACGGUUGCUCCUCGAGAAAACCUAGAGUGCCGGAGCUUUUGGAAGGCCGGAGAAAACUUCGUGAUCCCUACCGGUGUUACUAAUCCAGCUGCUCCAGGUAUGGUUGAGCAUGCUCGUGUUCAUCCAAAGUUUCUUCACUCGAAUGCUACUUCACACAAAUAGGCUUUUGGAGCAAUAGCCGAGCUAAUUGACAAUGCUGUUGACGAGAUACAAAAUGGUGCUACGUUUGUUAAGAUUGAUAAGAUCAAUAUUGUCAAAGAUAAUUCCCCAGCUUUAGUUUUCCAAGAUGAUGGCGGUGGAAUGGAUCCCGAUGGGCUCAGAAAAUGCAUGAGCUUAGGCUACUCAUCAAAGAAGUCUAAUACGACGAUUGGACAGUAUGGAAAUGGUUUCAAGACAAGUACCAUGAGACUUGGAGCUGAUGAUAUUGUUUUUACUCGCUCAACUCGUGGAGGCAAAUCUACUCAGAGCGUUGGCCUUCUGUCAUACACAUUCCUCAGAAAAACUGGUCAGGAUGAUGUCGUUGUUCCUAUGAUCCGAUAUGCAAUGCAGAUUGAUAUUGAUACAUCCAAGGAGCGACCACAACCAAUUAUCUAUGGAUCUGCAGAAGAUUGGGCUGCCAGCCUUGAAAUUAUACUCAAGUGGUCUCCGUUUUCUACAGAGGGCGAACUUUGGCAGCAGCGGUCUGUUUUGUUAACUUUUUUAUUUCCAUCUUCCACCCACCAGCUCGAGGAUAUUGGAACUCAUGGAACAAAAGUAAUUAUAUACAACUUGUGGCUUAAUGAUGAAGGAAUCUACGAGCUGAGUUUUCACGACGACAAUGAGGACAUCCGACUCCGAGAUGAAAGUGUCCAUGACAGUAAACGGGCUUAUGCUUCAAUGUUAUAUCUCAAAAGGUUCAAUAAUUUCAAAAUUAUACUUCGUGGAAUCCCUGUGGAGCAGUUCAACAUUGCUGAUGAAUUAAGAUUACCUGAGACUAUUAAGUACAAUCCCCAUACAACAAAGGAAAAAGCUCCCACUGAAAUCAAAGUUGGAUUUAUAAAGGAGGCGCCUAAGCUUGCAGUUUGUGGUUUCAAUGUCUAUCACAAAAACCGUCUCAUCCGGCCUUUCUGGAAGGUCACUAUGGGAGGGGAAAGGAGAGGCAGUGGUGUUGUGGGAGUUCUUGAAGCAAACUUUAUAGAACCGGCCCACGAUAAGCAAGAUUUUGAGAGGUCUUCUCUAUUUCAGCGGUUGGAGGCAAGGCUGAAAAAGAUUGUCUCUAAUUACUGGAAUACACACUGCCACGUAUUCGGAUACUGUACUUAUGGAAUGCCUGCAGAUAAGUCGAAAAGGAUAGCAAUACCUGAUCAACCGCCUACUGUCAAUACAUUCAAUCCCUUGCCUUUGCCUUCUGAUGAAAUUAGUCAAGGUGGUCAGAUAAUACGUGAUCAACCGCCUACUGUUAAUACAUUCAAUCCUUUACCUUUGCCUUCUGAUAGAGUCAGUCAAGGUGGUCCGAUAAUACGUGAAAUCAGUCUUAGUAACGCCACUUCAAGCCGUAUAGCUGCUGUUGAUACUGAAAACAACCUCGUUGGCAAGUCAGCGCAUGAGAUAAGCGAAGAGAACAUACAACUCUUCAUGAGGUGCGAGGAAUAUGUAAAGAAAGAGACUGAACUGGAACAGACGGUAAGUAACUUAGCAAAGGAACUGGAAGAAACUAAAAGUAAAUGUGCACGACUUGCAUUACUCGUGGAUGCUAAGAGGAGGGAGAUGCAACAAGUUUAGUAAAAAUGUUAAUAUGGCUCUCUGGAAUCUGAAAAACACUAGUUUAAUUUUGCUAAUACAUAUAUAUGCAGCGUAUGUAUCUGUCAGGAAGACAGUUAUGAUCUAACGCAAGUCUCUGGAAAUAGUUCUAUUUAA